ACCACAGUUAUAUUAUCUAUGGCGGGCACUAUCUGUCAAAGGUAUGAAAUCAGAUCGAAUGGUCGAUUAUAAUCCGAAAACUGCUCAAAAUUAUAUGGCACUAGACAUGCUGCAGAUAAACACGAAAUGUUCAACUACAAUUUCUCUACAAGACGAGCUUCCGAAUACUUUCUAGGAGAAAACAAAAGAAAAACUGUGGUGUGAAAAUGGUAGAUUGUGCACUUUCCCGGGGUGUUCGAUUAUCAAGGACAGCACCUAGUUAUCUUGCAGCAAAUGCAACAAGCCACACUUGGCCGUUUUCAGCAAUCGCAGAAUUGAUUGAUAAUGCGUAUGAUCCAGAUGUUAAAGCAGGUAGACUGUAUAUAGACACUAGGAAAUUUGGCACUGUUGACAGUGUUGUUUUGGUUGAUGAUGGAGCAGGGAUGUCUGCAGAUAAGCUGCACAGGAUGCUCAGCUUUGGGUUUUCAGACAAAACUUCAAUCAAUGGACAUGCCCCAAUUGGUCGAUAUGGUAACGGGUUCAAAUCAGGCUCCAUGCGUCUUGGAAAAGAUGUUAUUGUCUUUACGAAGCAGGCUUCAACUAAGAGCGUUGGAUUUUUAUCACAGACAUAUUUAAAGAUAUCGAAAGCAGAAACAGUGCUUGUUCCUAUCCUUACAUGGAACACCGCAACUGAUGUGCUGAUCGACUGUGAAGAUACAGAGGGCAGUCUACGGGACAUUAAGAAAUACUCAUUAUUUGGAACAACCGAGGCUCUACUUGAAGAAUUCAAAGAAAUAAAGUCCAAACAUGGAACAAAGAUCGUAAUUUAUAACCUCAAAAAAGGAGAGGACAACAGAACGGAGCUAGAUCUCCAAAGUGUGGAAGAUGAUAUCAUCAAUCCCGAGAGUCAGAUGAUGGAUAUGACAGAAGACUACCGUCCAGAAGUAGAACACAAACCUCUAUAUAGGAAAUCUCUUAAGGAAUACUGCUCCAUACUAUAUUUGAAACCAAUGAUGAAAAUCUACAUAAAGAAUCACAAGGUGAAAAACAAACUCAUCUCUAAAAGUCUCUCACAAACUGAGAAAGAUGUCUACAAACCCCAAUUUUUAAAACAAGGAAUUGUUAGAGUGACGUUUGGUUUUGCCCCAAAGCAAGCAGGGCAUAUAACAGAUUAUGGUCUAAUGAUUUAUCAUAAAAACAGAUUAAUCCAAGCAUAUGAGAGGAUUGGGAUACAAACUAAGGCUUCUGAUAGUCUCGGUGAAGGAGUUAUAGGAGUGGUGACCUCAGUGGAUUUCCUGGAAGCCAAUCACAUCAAGCAGGACUUUAUACGCAAUGACAAAUACCACGCAACAAUAAAUGCAUUGGCAAAGAAGCUGAAAGACUAUUGCGUGGCGAUGAAAGGAGGAAAAUCCCAAACUGCUGAAGCAACUGUGCGGCCAGAUUGGCAGUGGGUCCAAUGCGAUAAGUGCGAUAAAUUCAGAAGACUGCCUACAUUCAUUGCUGAUUGUGACCUACCAAAAGAGUGGUAUUGUUAUAUGAACAAUGACCCCAGCAGGAAUCGAUGUGAUAUUGAGCAGGAGCCCGAGGAUGAAGAUGAAGCAUUGUCAAAGGCCACUUACAAUAAAGUAAAGAUUCCAAAGACUUCCCGUCGAGCAGUUGAGGCUGCCUUGGAGACAAAAAGGCAAAACCUGCAACAGAAGGAACUUGAAUUAAAAAAGCAAGAGAACAUGUUGGCCAAGAAGGCCCAUAAAGCUGUUGCGGAUUUACUUCAACAUUCUACCAUGAACUCCAGGAAAAGACCUCAUAAUGGUGAUAUAGGAGCGACCUCGAGCAAGAAACAACACACUGGUGAUGAUAACAAUGUAGACUUUAGGAUUGAAGUAAAUAUGGACUUCGACGAAGAUGAACCUGAGCAUUUGAGCCCUCGCAACAAACAACAGACAUCUACUAAAGCACACCCUCCAGAGAAACAAAAUAGGGCCAGAGGUAGCAGUGUUGUAAAACCCCAUAAGGAACCAAAUGAAAUUAUUCUCAUUGACACUGAUGAAGAAAUACCAAAACAAAUAUCCCCAGUUCUAGUCAGUGUAAAGGAUCAUACUAAAGCUGAUAUAGCUGAAGUCUGUACGAUAAAUGAUGUAAAAGUCAGCCAGGGUGCUAGUUUGUUAAAAACUCCCAAUAGUAGUGCUUCCACUUCCACUAAGGCACUAAGUGGAUUAAAUUCCUCUAAACUUGGAUUACGAGAAAUUGCACAAUAUAGUGGAGAUAUUUCUAAACAGGAGCAUGCUAUCAAGAAGGAGAUAGACCCCGCUAAAACAUAUAUUAAAAAGGAGAUUGAUCCUAUAAAGAAAGAGAAAGAUUCAGUAGUGGCACCACAAAUUUACAAGGUUCCUAAAGUUGAAACAGAUAGUGUUCAAGCACAAACUAACCCAGUAUAUAUUUAUGAUACUGAUAUGGCAGCAAAACUAAAUGCAACUGAGUCGAGUCUAAAUGCAAAACUAAAUGCCACUGAGUCAAGUCUAAACGCAAAACUUACCACUGCUGAGAAAAGGCUUAAAACACUCCAGAAGAAUGUGGUACGCCUUAUUGGUCUCAUCACUCCAGAUCUUGACAUCAAGGACCUUGAUGACUUAGAUGUAAUUCUUCCUCAGAUGCUUGAAGUUAACGAGGCUAAUGAAGCAAAGGAGACGGAGGCAGCCAUGCAGAAGGAUGCAUCAAAUUAG